CUGUAGGCCUUCUUCUUCUUUUGAAUGUUUCAUGCUGCACUUCUCCCCUUAUUGGGAGCGGCCGUGAUCACCGUCCAGGCCGAGGUGAGUCUCAAGUUUGGUAGUAUCAGCGAGCACGGACGGGACAUAGUUGAUACCGCUCGAGAACGAGGCCACUUCACCAUCACAGGACUCCCCAUUGAGUUCUUGACUGCAAGAGCUCACCUAUCACACGCUUUGGUCAACGAUUGUAACGAGUCGGUGUUUGGAUUCUCCGACGAAACGAAGCGAACGCUUGCCUUAUAUGCGGGAGAAGCUUCCCAAGUGCCGAGUUGCUUGUCCAUGCCUGACGUUCGAUCUGUGGAUGAAUUGAUGCGAACAGUAACCCACAGCUUGGCUAGGCUUCUAGAUGAGACCUUGUUCUUGGGCGUAACGGACACUGCUGUGACGUUGGAGGGAGGGCAGCGGUUGUCGACUGUCUCGGAAAUCGUCUCAGUAGAUGGUGGUAGACAUCAUCUAGACCAUUGGAACGUAUAUAGUGUCCCUGAGGACGCCACUGCAUCCCGAGGAGUGCAAGUGGAGAUGCAUGCUGAUAUGGGACUAUUUCUGUUAUUGUCCCUGCCUCCCGGUGACAGAAGCCUUCAAUUUGAAGAAGGAGUGGUAUCAAUCCCAGAUGAUGGUGAUGCUCUGGUGGUUAUCUUCGGCGAGGCUUUAAAGUCGUGGAUGGCCUCGACAGUUGACAUCAUGGCAGCUCGCCAUAGGGUGGCAAUACCCGUCUCCAAUGGGAGUCAGCCACGAGUCGUCUUCGGUCGGAUGAUGAUGGCACCGCCUACGGCUCUUAACUCGGCAGGAGUAUCUUAUCAGCAGUUCUUCAUGGCCCCUCAAGCCUUCCAGUCUAGACGUAUGCUCAGUCAGUGCGCAGCAGGCCAGGUCUACUGUUGGCUGCGUUGUAUGACUCCACCAGAGGGUUGUCCUGCUGAGAACGCCGUUUGUUGGGACUUCCGAAAGAUGGAUCUGUGUGAUAUGACCCCGGGCAAGAUGCAGCCGGAUUGUGCAUUGAGGUGCCCAGCAGGGAUUGUUACCGCUGGAGAAUUCGCCAAGGACGAGCCUUUUUGUGAGGGCUCUACCGACAUGGUCAUGUCUGGCCUCCAGUUUCUGUGGUCGCGAAAUCGCCAUUGUAUCAUCCUCUUUUUCCCGUUCAUAGUAUUGGAUUCUCCACUCAAGUUCUUCCUCGGAAUGAUAGCGGUCUUCUGUAUUGGUGUUCUCGCCGAGGGAGCUCUACGGCUAAGAAAAGGGGUCGAGAAUGCUCUUGGUCCUAGGCGAUCAUCCGCCCGAGGGAAGCUCAUCCUUAUAGUGUUAUUCUCUAUCAAUCUCAUAUUGGCCUAUAUGGCUAUGCUCGUCGCGAUGACUUACUCGGGGGAACUCUUUCUCACGGUAAUCCUCGGAGUGGCUGUUGGGCGAAUACUCCCGACCAGUGAUGAACCUACAGGAUACAGGAUUGAUGAAGCCGAUCCCUGCUGUGCCGCCAUCUCAUCAAACGACAUGGACCCUCCCCUGAUGGUAGAGCCAGCGGGCAGCUACGUCAUGGGGCAGUACACGCCCGUAGGAGCUAGUGCAGCAGGAAGCAACAUGUCAUCAGUCAAUAACGUCUCACAGCAGCAGCAUCACCACACUGCUAACCACCUCUCGCCGAGACCAUCACAGUUUGUCCAGCAGCAACAACAACUGCCGCAGUACACUAAUGCUGCUGGCUCGGCGCCCAGCCAUCAGCACACUCCCUUACAAAACACCAAUAACAGUAUGGGCCAACCCCCAAGGGUUCAAGUUGUUAAUCAGCGUGCUACGGUAACUCGGAGAGGAGAGCGUAUGCAUCCUUAUCUGGCUUGUAUUCAGAUCGAGUCUCCUGGUCGUGUACAGCAGCACACUGGGCCGACCCAGGCUGAGGUGGAUAAGAUUCACACUGAGCUCGUUGCAUUGGGAGAGAAGCUCCAAGCAACGACCGAGAAGUUGAGGGAAAAGGAAGAGGCGAGUUACAUUCAUGGUGGCACUCUCGAAGGAAGAAAGCUGAGCGCAGAGCUAGACAAUUACAAAGUGAGCGAGGGGCACUUCAAAGCGGCCCUGUCCAAGCUACGGACGGAGAAUGAGUCCCUCGUAUCGGCUGCGGCGGCUAGUCGUGCACCCGACCCAAAGAUUGCAGACUUGACGAAGCAUGACCUCGAGGAGACCAUGGGAACAUUGAGGGAGACUAAGCAGCAAUUGGCGUCACUCAAGGCUCACUUAGAGCAGCAGAGCCAGCUGGUGACGCAGGAGCAGACGAUGCUGGUCAGUGAGACGGAAGCACAGCGAGGCCAUAUUGCGAAGCUCGAACAGGCCCUCCAGGAGGCGGCCCAGGAGAACGAGAUGCUGCAGGUCGAGCUCAACUCCACGACUACGGACAGGUCGGAGUUAAAGAGAAUUCAUGAGCAACUCCGCAACACUGAGAAGGAACGGGACGCUGCUGUGACGGCUAGAGACGCUGUGGUUGACAGAGAGAGCGCACUGAGGCUAGACUUGGAGGCUGCUAGGAAGGAAGCUAGGCAGGCACUUCAGAGAGCUGAGCUGGCUGAAGUGAAAGCGGAAGGGCGUGUAUACAAGGAAGAUGUCAUCAAGACCUCCAACCUGUCCCACUUGAAGCAAAACACGGACGGGAGCGGUAGCGAUGGUGGCGAGAGCAGUGCCGCGGCUAUGGUGCGGAAGAAUAGGGAGCUGGAAGGGCUCCAGGAGCAAUUGGAAACGGCUCGGGAUGAGAUCGCCCACAUGCAAGAGGAGAGAGCUGAGCUCAAGAGAGCACGAAGGGAGGCGGAGGAAAAACUGGAGAAUAUCAACAUAACAGUAACGGAGGCGACUAGCAAGAAUAAGAUUGUUAGCAAACUACACGCUGAAGUGAGCGACCUCAAGAGGGAGAUUGCCAGACUACAAGAGGAGCUGGCACGGUGCAAAGAGAUGCCCAGGAAGAAAGAGAACAGAUCUACUGACUUCAACGUUGGAAGCAGUGUGAAGUCCAAGUAUCUCAGUGUGGCUGGGCCGGCGGAUACGAAUGCUACACUGAACGAUCUCGAGGUCGGACGGUACAGCAAAAUCAGCGGCAGCCCAUUCGCCGAGUCGCCGAUGCCUCAUAAGGCCCAACGUGCCUUCCCGAGCGAGAGCACUCUGAUGAAAUCCCCCGUUUCAGCGAAGAAACUCGGUGGCAGAGACAGUAGUGGCGGUAGAAAGUCGAAAGAAUCUCCCGUGAAGAUCGUCAGGGCUCGAGGACUGCUGAAUAACCUUACCGAGAGCGACCCAAUAGUUUCAAAAGCACUAGUGGAUCAUCGCGAGACUGAUGGCUUGUCGAAGGAAGAGUGCUACGGGUUGAUUGAGAAGCUCCUAACAAAUCACGAGAUACCAGUCCGCGUCAAGAAGGUCACCUGCACUCAGGUUGGCGAUAGGCAUCAGUGGCAGGCAGAGCUCUCGGCUCAGGUUUUCCGCACAAUCGUGGAUGCGGUGUCUCAGCCGCCCCCCACAAAUCUCCCCUCGAGUUUGGUAUUGGACUAUUGCAAGAAGGUGAAGUAA